UUUCUUGGGGCGGCGCGGACGACUGAAGGGAAUUGGUGUUGGAGGCUGCGGAGGCGGCGAGCUUUACUCUGACCCCCUCCCCCCCGCCGGGCCUCCAGCCGCGCUCCUCCGCUCGCCGCUGGGAGUUGUCUGAGGAGGAAGAGGGCGGCGGGGCCGCCGCGGCCCGAGUCAGCGGCCCGUCUGCGUCGCCCGGGGUGGGCGCGUGCCCCGUCGGGGCGCGCGGGGCCCGCUAGGAGGCACGGACGGCGGGGCGCAGGCUGCUUUCCUGUUGCAUCUUUGAUAUCGUUUCCUAGUCUCUGCCCCAUGAUUUAAUUUGGAAUUCUGAAAUGAAGAUGGAGGAGACAGUGGGAAAAGUAGAAGACCUCAUUGAGUCUACAGCCCCACCAAAACCCUCCGAACAAGAGACAGUCAAGGAGGAGGAUGGUUCUGUAGAACUGGAAUCUCAAGUUCCGAAGGAUGGUGUAGCUGACUCUACAGUUCUUUCUUCAAUGCCGUGUUUGUUGAUGGAACUGAGAAGGGACUCUUCAGAGUCUCAGUUAGCAUCCACAGAGAGUGACAAGCCCACAACUGGCCGAGUCUAUGAGAGUGACUCCUCUAAUCAUUGCAUGCUUUCCCCUUCCUCUAGUGGUCACUUGGCCGAUUCAGACACAUUGUCUUCUGUAGAAGAGAAUGAACCCUCUCAAGCAGAAACAACAGUAGAAGGAGAUACAUCAGGAGUGUCUGGUGCCACUGUUGGGCGCAAGUCUAGGCGAUCCCGUUCUGAAAGUGAAACAUCUACUAUGGCUGCCAAGAAAAACCGGCAAUCGAGUGAUAAGCAGAAUGGCCGAGUCACCAAGGUUAAAGGUCAUCGGAGCCAAAAGCACAAGGAAAGGAUCAGACUACUGAGGCAAAAACGGGAGGCUGCUGCAAGGAAGAAGUACAACCUGCUACAGGACAGUAGUACCAGUGAUAGUGACCUGACUUGUGACUCAAGCACGAGCUCGUCAGAUGACGAUGAAGAAGUUUCAGGGAGCAGCAAGACAAUCACUGCAGAGAUACCAGAUGGACCUCCAGUUGUAGCUCAUUAUGAUAUGUCUGACACCAGCUCUGACCCAGAAGUGGUAAAUGUGGACAAUUUAUUGGCGGCUGCAGUAGUUCAAGAGCACAGUAAUUCAGUAGGCGGCCAGAACACAGGAGCUACCUGGAGGACCAGCGAGCUUCUAGAGGCAGGUCAUUUGGAUCCAGGAUUCCUAGCAAGUGAUAAAACAUCUGUUGGCAAUGCACCACUUAAUGAAGAAAUUAAUAUUGCCUCUUCAGAUAGCGAAGUGGAGAUUGUGGGCGUUCAGGAGCAUGCAAGGUGUGCUCACCCCCGAGGAGGUGUGAUACAGAGCGUCUCUUCCUGGAAGCAUGGCUCUGGCACGCAGUACGGUGGCUCCCGGCAAACACAGUCAUGGACUGCUGUGACACCCCAGCAGACGUGGGCUUCCCCGGCAGAAGUUGUUGACCUCACCUUGGAUGAGGAUAGCAGACGUAAAUACCUACUGUAAUGCAAUGCCACUGUUUCUCUGCACUGUUCCCUCCACCUCCUCCUCUUUGUGACAUGGAAGUUCAUUGUCAUAGCUUCAGCUUCAGCUUCAGAAGCUGUUUGUGGCGUUUGUGGAAUUGAAAUUCAUGGUAGCCUCCCCCACUUUUUAUUAAAAUAAUUCACUUAGGAAAAUAA